AUGUCGGUGAUAGUUAACGGUAGUCCAACGAAGGAAUUCUUGGUGGAAAGGGGUCUUCGCCAAGGAGACCCUAUCUCUCUAUUCCUUUUUGUUAUAGUGGCGGAAGGUUUAAAGGCUUUGGUUGGAAGAGUGGUCGCUAAUGGGGAUUUUGUAGGGUUUAAUGUGAAUGGAAAAUGUUUCAUUGAUAUUCUCCAAUUUACUGAUGAUACGCUUUUAAUAGGCGACGGGAGUUGGAAACAUCUUUGGGCCAUUGUCUCGGGCCUUAGGAUUAACUAUCAUAAGAGCAAAUUGAUUGGGGUCAAUAUUAAUCCGCACUUCAUGGGAGUGGCUACUAAUUUCCUUAAUUGUAGGCCGAAGGAGAAGAAGUUGAAAUUUCUCGGUAUUCUUAUUGGUUCAAACCCAAGAAGAAUCUCUUCAUGGAAACCUCUUUUGGACAAUGUUAGGAGGAAAUUCAGUUUUUGGAAAGGGCGGUGGCUUAGUUUCGGAGAGAGGAUCACUCUUAUAAAAUCGAUUUUAAGUAGCUUGGCAAUCUUCACCCUUUCUUUCUACAAAGCUCCAAAGAAAGUGAUAGCGGAGAUAAAUAGAAUGCAAAGUAACUUUUUAUGUGGAGGGGUAGAAGAAAAAAGGAAUUUGCAUUGA